AUGACGCAGAUAUUUUGCGGCAAAGUAAUGGAGUCGUCGAGAAGGUCAGUGUCUGCGCUGCUGCGGGAGGCUGCCAAUCGUUUGGAUGAGUUGGAACGAGCUAAUACCUCGGAUGGAGCUCAGGAAGGAGAGGCAAGACAGGACACAGGAACACCAACAGUUGGCCGACAUCACCCUGUUGAUGCUGAAGUUUCAAGACUAUUUUCUGCCUACACAUCUGCUAGGCCGAGGCAGACUACUAGGCAGCUGUCAAGGCAGCCAUCCAGGCAGCCAAGAUCAAUCCAGCGGUAUAGCUACACACAUAUGUUCUGUUGCCUUGCUAAAAAAGAUUCCAACUUUGCACCAACGGCCAUUGAGAAGGAACGUCUCCAAAGAGCAGAGCUGGGUGCGAGCCGCUUGAACUUUCAAGGUGACCCAUCAUGCCCUGGUCAUUUCCAAGAAUUUAUCCUAUCAGCCUUUCCCAAGUUGAAGGAUGCAGGGGGGUUUGAACUUUUGAGACUCAGGGGAAGUACAAGGAGCCGCCAACUGCUUCCUCUUCCAUGUCCUAACAGAGGCUACACUGUGGACUAUCUGAAAGAUCCAAGUCUUGGAAUAAACCAGACAACAAUUUAUAUUCGCCCUCUGCAGCUCAGCAUGAGCAUGGAACAAGAAGCGAGUGAUGUGAGGACGGAAAUUGGACCACAGACUGCAUGCAUUGUGUGUGGAGAGGAAUUUCCAUUUUCCCAAAUAAGGCAACACAAUGUGGCUUGCUUAAGUCAUUCACAGGGUGAUAAUGAGCCUAGAGCUGGAUCCAGUGGGACAGGUGCGCUGACCUCACAAGAGGUGGCUAUGUUUGAAGACAGCCUGGACACAGUUUCAGCUCAGGCAGCAAGCUCAUCACACCAGCUGAGGGUCCCAUCAGGAGAUCGUGAACAUCCAGUGGAAGCAAGCUCAUCAUACCAUCUGGGGGUCUCAUCAGGUGAUCCUGAACAUCCAGUGGAUGCGGCAAAUUCAUCAAACCAAUUGCGGGACCCAUUAGGAGAUCCUGAACAUCCAGUAGACGGCGUAGAUGCUUGGAUUACAGAGGUGGAUCCCAUCAAGGCAGCACAACUUUUUACACACAUCACUCGUGAGGCCCACAAAGACGGCAACCACCAAGUUUUUAAUCUAAGUCUGCUGGAUUCAGUGGAGGACAGGAACCGAGCCAUUGUAUCUUUCUAUAAGAGGCCACGGGUGCAGUGGGCUAAUCAACUGCAGUGCAAACUUACAGGUGAUGCUGCCAUUGGUGAUGGGGUCACCAGGUAUGUUCUAUCAACUGUCAUGGACUACCUACAAACUGGAUUCAUUCUGGAUGAAGCAAAGGGAGUAAGGACUCUUCUCUUUGAGGGUGAGCAGGAUCACCUAGUGCCAUCCACCUCUCGGGAACUACAGGAGAGUGAUAUGUUUGUGGUAGCAGGCCGUAUAUUGGGUCAUUGCUUUUUACAUGAUGGCCCACGUCUUUUCGGCUUAAGCCUUGCUGUGAUCCAUGUCCUGUUUGGGGGAUCGCAAGAGACAGCAACUAUUACCCUUGAGGACUGUGUGGAUCAAAAAGUUCGUGAGGUUAUUACCUUGCUGGAAGGAACAGAGAUCCUCCAGGAGGAGGAAAAAUCGAAGGUUCUUGCAGUGAGCCUGCCCUGGGACUUGCCUCCUGUCACAAGCGAAAAUAGGUGGUAGCUAAAGGACAGAAUCCUUACUCAUGCAGUUCUUGGAAGGAUCUUGAUACAGAUCAAACAGCUCAAACGGGGAAUGAAAGAGACGGGAAUCUGGGAAUUCCUAAGCUCCAGGCCAGAUGCUGUUGCCUAUUUUUUCCCAAGGGCCUCAGAUGUGGAGAUGACACCAGAGAUGAUUUUACAAAAGAUUGUCUGGCCAGAGGAAGAUGUCGAUGAUGACGCCUGUAGCAUUCAACAACAACACAGAGCUUUGGAUUUUCUCCGCCGCUUCAUUAGUACAAGUACUUCCGAGGAGCUUAAACUUCUCCUCAAAUUUUGGACAGGUUGGGAUGUUGUUCCUGAACACCUAAAUGUUGAAAUAACUGAGAUCCCUCUUCCUCAAGCAUCUACUUGCUUUUUUACACUGAAGCUCCCCAAAGACACAGACAAUUAUUUUAUAUUUAAUAGAAUGCUGAUGGCAAGCAUGUCAAGCACAUAUGCUGGCUUUGGCCAGUAUUAGGGAGGGGGAAAAAAGUUGGCACAUGUUAGUGCCCAGUGGACAUUUUUUCCCCCUUUUUUAAAGGGUAAGUUGUGCUGGAAGUCUGGUUUUGUCCACCCAUUGACUGUUUAUUAUCACUGUUAUUUGUAUUGUGUUACUGUUCAACAAAAUGUUACAUUACUGUUAUUAUUUGUAUUGUGUUACUGUUCAACAAAAAAAUGUUACUUCGCUGAAAAACAAUCUUUGCCUUUAUUAUUUUUUUCAC